AUGUUUGAAUAUCCUAGGUCAUUAACUUCCAAUAUCACUAGCGUAUACCAGGACUUGAUUGACGCUAUUGAUGCCCAUCAAACGGAAAAUUUAUUCCGACUUGAAAAGCUGAUUGCCUUGAGCAAAGAAACGAACAAUACGUUGAUGCUGUCAUUAUCUCCACAGAUAGCGGAUUUGGGUCGCUCAUUGGUUUAUAUUCAAAGUUUGGUACAGGAAGGGGUGGAUAUGAUGAGAAUGGAUAGUAGCAACGGGGAAGGGGAGCUUUCUAUUCCAGAAAAUCAUAUGGCGGCAUCACAUAAGCUCUUACAAUGGCCUACAGUUAAGGGGCUGAUUAGUCCCCACACCUAUACUGACGACUAUGUGAUGAUGCUGGAAGAAGAAAGAGGCGUGAUUUGCAUUCUGGAGGAUAACGAGAAACCACCCUCAGAAAUCAGGUCUCCAGAUAACCAAAUUACUGACUCUGGCCUUUUAAAUCUCGACGAAGAGACGGUUCGGAGAUACUUCAAGACCUACCUUUGUCGGAUACACAACUUACAUCCUUUUCUGGAUGAGCAUGAGGUUUCGGUCCAACUUGAUUCUUUCAUACAAUCUUACUGCAGGCAGCCUUUUAGAUUGGAGCUCUCACAUACUUUCUAUCAAGAAAACCAGCCAUCGCAUGUCUGCAGGACUACGGAGCACGCUCGUAUACUCCUAGUACUUGCUCUUGGGGCAAUUUGUGGAACAGAGUCACGAUCGACUUCUUUAGAUGCAAGAGGGAAAUCUGAUUACCGGCAACAAUACAUCCCGACUAUAUCCGAGCUGACAUCUACAUCCUCCACACAACCUCCCAAGUCGAAAGCCAACAAUCGAGCGAAAUAUAAAAAUUUCCCUGGUUUGCAUUUAUAUGCAUAUGCUGCAGAAAUUCUAGGCUCCUGUCAAGGAGGGCCUGCUCUAGAUCGUAUUCAAGCGUGUUUACUUGCAGGGCUCUAUACUGGUCAAUUGGCCCAUUCAUUCCAGAGCUAUGGUUGGAUCUCUGAGGCAUCUAGGGGAUGUCAAAUCCUGAUGCGAUGGCCACAAUACGAAAGGCUUGAAGAUAAUCGAACAAGGGAUCUGUAUAGUUUCGCAUUAUGGACGGCUCUGCAGCUUGAGAGUGAUCUUCUGGCGGAGUUUGAUCUUCCAGCUAGUGGUAUCUCACGAUCUGACAGUAGGAUACCACCACCUACGGGGAGCUUUACCAUACAACUCUCUUCUGAUGCAAAUGCACCCAACACUAAGAUGAUGUCAAUCCACUAUGCGCAAAUCCACCUUUACAAGCUGCUUCAUUAUAUUUACACUGAUCUAUACGAAGUUGAGAAAUCUCCAAGGCAGUUUAGAGAUAAGACCCGGCAGUUGAUCAGACUUUCAGGGAUCCUGAGUGAGAGCCUUGAAGCUUGGCGCAAGUGUCUUCCUGAUAGCAUCAGGUGGGAAGACCAGGGUCCUCAUUCUAAUGAGAUUAAUGCCGCUAGCAUGAGAAAUAAAUACUACAGAGCUCGGUGCCUCGUUUAUCGACCUCUCCUGUAUCACACUUUGCACUUGAGUCAGGUGAACUUGGGUGUUCCUCCAGAGCUGCACCGUGCUUGCAAGCUCUAUGUUGAUUCGGCAAUCCUGGGUAUACAGGUUUUUGACGGAGUUGAGCACCGGCUCAUUCUCACUGAUAUGUUCAGUACUUCCCACGCGCAAUUUGGUAAUGCGCUCAGCCUUUCAGCAAUUUAUACAUCGUUUCUUUCUGAGCUUGUCCCACGGGCUACUCUUCAUCACCUCCUCUGUCGUACAAUCAAGUUCCUCUUAUGUAGCGAGGAAAUCUCCCCAACCCUUCGAGCUGAUGCCCGUAUACUGACUGAGAUACAUGAGAAGUUAUUUGGUCUCAGCAUGGUUGGGUCAUGA